AUGUUCCAUCGAGAUUACCGAGAUCAGAUAUAUAAAUUGGUUAGAGAUUUAUCGGAUGUUCAAAAACAUUUAGCUUCUAAAGACGUAAUCGUAAUUCGGAAAAAGUUUGGCAUUGAGAGCAAUACGAUGCGACAAAUUCCGACUCCAGCUAAAGAUCUUAAUUUUCUCAAAAAAAAAAAGGUUAAAUUUCAACCACUUGGCGCUUUGGUGAAAGCAUUUUCUUCAGGGAUGAUUCAUUUACCACACAAGCCGUUAAGCGAGACCAGGUGGUGGAAGUUUGGAACCGUGAAAAAAGACGGGUCUCCUAUUGGCCCUAAUGGUUGUAAUGGCCCGAACGACCCAAACUAUUUAAUAACGAUCCCCGUCGCCGAUGUCUUUUUCGAUCCGCCGGUUCCUAAUAUUGCGUAUGUUCCAUUAGCACCACCUCCUCCUGCAGUCAUGACUACCAACUUUACUAUCGACCUAUACGAGGUUCAACAGAUAGUUUUGGAUUAUCAGAAAAAGUGA